GGGCGAACGCGCGCAGACGCGUAGAGCAGGGUCUGCUGGCGGACCCGCGGUCAGUCUGCAGCUGCGGGAAGCCAUGGGGCGCUUCGCCGCUGCACUAGUGGGCUCGCUGUUUGGGCUAGGGCUGCUGCUAUAUGGUCUGGGCAGUCUGGCGAGCGCCGAGCCCCGGGCCCCGCCGGACAAGAUCGCAAUAGUCGGAGCUGGAAUCGGUGGUACUUCCUCGGCCUAUUAUCUAAGGAAGAAAUUUGGGAAGGACGUGAAGAUUGACGUGUUUGAAAGAGAAGAGGUCGGGGGCCGAUUGGCCACUUUGAAGGUGCAAGGUCAUGACUACGAGGCAGGGGGUUCAGUCAUUCACCCCCUAAAUUUGCACAUGAAGCGAUUUGUCAAAGAGCUGGGUCUCUCCAGUGUUCCCGCUUCAGGUGGCCUGGUGGGAGUGUACAAUGGAAAGUCUCUGGUGUUUGAGGAGAGCAGCUGGUUUAUAAUCAACAUGAUUAAGCUGGUGUGGCGCUAUGGGUUUCAGUCCCUGAGAAUGCACAUGUGGGUAGAAGACCUGCUAGACAAGUUCAUGAGGAUCUAUCGUUACCAGUCCCAUGACUAUGCCUUCAGCAGUGUAGAAAAGUUGAUGCAUGCCAUUGGAGGGGAUGACUAUGUCAGACUGCUUAACCAAACUCUCCGUGAAAACCUGAAGAAAGCAGGCUUCUCUGAGACGUUCCUCAACGAGAUGAUAGCUCCUGUCAUGAAGGUCAAUUUUGGCCAAAGCACAGACCUCAAUGCCUUUGUGGGGGCGGUGUCAUUGACGGCUGCUGAUUCCAACCUUUGGGCAGUGGAAGGUGGUAAUAAAAUUGUUUGCUCAGGGCUCCUUCAGGCCUCUAGCAGCAAUCUUAUAUCUGGCUCCGUAAUAUCAAUAGAGGAGAAGACAAGGACCAAACAGACAGGAAACCCCACAAAGAUGUAUGAAGUGGUAUAUAAAACAGGAUCGGAGACCCAUUCUGACUUCUACGACAUUGUUCUCGUGGCUGCUCCAUUGAACCGGAAGAUGUCCGACAUAACUUUCCUGAAUUUUGAUCCACCCAUCGAGGAAUUCAAUGACCCAUAUCAACACCUGGUGACGACUUUCAUCAAAGGAGAACUCAAUUCCACUCUCUUCACCUCCAGACCCAAAGAUCAGUUUGGCCUCUCUGCAGUUCUUGUCACUGAUGACUCAGAUAUGUUCAUUAACAGCCUGUCCAUUGUGGCCUCUGUAAGACAGAAGGAGGGCCCCCCACCGGCGGUGGAUGGCAUGCAUGUGUGGAAGACCUUCUCCAGGGACAUCCUCACCAAAGAACAAAUCUCAAAGCUCUUCCUGUCCUACGAUUAUGCUGUGCGGAAGCCGUGGCUGUCCUACCCUCACUAUGAGCCUCCUCAGAAGUGUCCCUCCAUCAUCCUCCACGACCGGCUCUAUUACCUCAAUGGUAUCGAGUUUGCCGCCAGUUGCAUGGAGAUGAGCGCCAUUGCCGGCUACAACGCAGCUCUCCUUGCCUACCACCGCUGGAACGGCAAUGAGGACAUGAUUGAUCAGGACGACCUGUAUGAAAAGCUUAAGACGGAGCUGUAACUGAGCACUGCCCCUCCCCAGAGGAUCCUGCCCUCCAAGGACUGAGACAGAGCUCUAACUGAGCACUGCCCCUCCCCAGAGCACGCUGCUCUCCGAGGGCUGAGUCAGCAGAGAGGAUUUCCAAUCUUUCCCAGCACUCCUCAUGUGGGUCAUGAGAAAACACAACGUUCCUGCCCCUCGGAGAACUUGUUCUUUAGUCUGAAUGUCUUCACUCUCGGGUUUUGGGGGAGGUGCAGGAGGAUUGAACCCGAGGCCCUGUGCAUGCUGGGCAAGCGCUCUACUACUGAGCUGAGCUACAUCCCUAGCCCUCUUUUGUAGUUUUUCUUUUGAGACUGGGUCUCACUAAGUUGUCCAGGUGGAAUCAUCCUGCCUCAGACUCUGGAGGGCCUGGGACUCCACAUUAGGCCUGGCUGUUAACUGUUUGGAGAAAUAUUGGCGUGUUUCCCAGGCUUGUCUGGUUUUAAGAGUCACCUGGAACUCGAGAAACACCUGGGUUGGGGUCAGUGGGCUGGUGUGGGCCUGGGUUUGUUUAGACUGUCUGUAAUCUUUUUCUCUCUCUUUUCUUUUUUGGGGGAUGUUACAACUAGGUCUUAGUCUGCAUCCCAGGCUGGAACUCAUUAUGUAGCCUAGGCUGGUCUUUAAAUCACACCAAUCCUCCUGUCUCAGCCUCCUGUGUGCUGGGAUACAGAUGUUUCCCAGUUCCUGGCCGUUCUCAAGCCUGAAGUCAUGAUGUAAGAAUGUAACUUUUGAUUGCUUCUGUCUUGGCUUUAUCAGGGAUAGAUUCAGAGAUAGAAACAGAGAUAUCCUGUGAUUGGGAACCAAAUAUAUAAGCUGCUAAAUUGAGAAACUGGCAUUGUAAUAUGAGGCCCUCAUGUGAGGAGGUCUGUUUUUCUAUACUAUGGGGAUUGAACCCAGGACCCUGAGUAUCCCAGACAAAUGCUCUACCACUGAGCUACAUUGCCAGCCUCAAGAGCUUCAGGACCGACAUCCAGAGAAUGGAAUUUCUUAGGUUGAAGAUGGGGUCUUGGCUCUAUAGCUUUGUCAAGUUCAAGUUCCUCCCAUGCAGCCAAGGGUGAGCAAGUCCUGGGGGUCAGGGCUAAACUAUCUGUAGAGAGCUUUGAGUGCCUUAAAAGUGCUAAGCAACACAAACCAUAACCACAGCAGACCAGUGCCAGAGGUGACUGGCUGCUCCGUGGUUACUCAGCUUUGGUCUCCAUGGGAAUGGGCACUAGAGCAGAGACAGCCUGAGGGAGCCCAGAGCAGUUGGCCUUAGAACCAGGUCUUCAUGGCCACUUGAGUUCAGAGGGAAGCACAUCAGAUGCUGAGCAUGCGCAGUGAGGGGCCAUUGCAGAAAUCUUAAGACAGUGGUUCUCAGUUGAAGCUGCACGUGGGAGUCAGGUUUCACAUAUGUAGACAAGCUCAAGAAAUCAGUGUUUAGUCCACAGCUCAGAGGUCUCCAGUGACUGUCAUAGCCACUAGUAUUAAGACAAAAAAAGGAAUUUUGCCUGCUUUGGUGGGUAUAUGCCUGUUAUCUGUGCUUUUGUGACAAAGCAAGAGGGUCAAGAGUUCAAGGCCAGCCUGGGCUGUGGCAACACCCUAUCUCAAGGAAUAAAAACCAGCUCUUCACCAGAUUAUAGCAUUGCUUCAAUAAAGUGGUCUAGAAAACAUGAUUCUUAAAAUUAUUUUUCCCUGCUCUAGCUGUGGGAAUUAAUAAUGUGUGGAGAAAGCAGCAUGAUAUAUUUGAUAUGGUGACAGAAAUUAAAUUUAUAGUUUAAUCAGAAGGUUGGCUUUUUUCUAACUUGAACGAGAUAUUUGUGUUUUUUCCUGAUGUGUUAAGGAAUGUGGUUUGUCAAAAAUUCAACACUCUCAGAAAUAUAACACUCUAGAGGAUUGGUACAGUGGAUUGGUACAGUGGCUCCUCAUCUGAGGGGCGUGGUUCAUGACCCCAGUGGGCACCGGAACUGGUAAAUGGUGAGCCCUACAUGUUCUGUUUUCCACAUGUACGAUAUACCUGUGAUAAAGUGUAAAUUUAUAAAUUUGGCACAGUAAGAGAUUAACAACAAUAAUUAUAAAAUAGAAGAAUUAUAACAAUUGGAAGUCUAUUAAAACUUACAACUUA